UCGGCAUUCCCAUGGCUCUCUGUAGCACCCAGUGCGCAUUCUGAUUUUUUUCGAUGUUUUUUCCGAAAGCGAGCUUGGAUUUGGGCUCUCCACAAACAGCACCAGGCGUUGGUGCUACAUCAGCGUCAGCUGUCCCCGCCCAGACGGCAGCUACAAAUCCAACUGCAAAUGGUCCUUCUGCGCCUUUGGGCAGCACCAGCUUGUUCCCAAGCGCGAGUUUGAAUCUAGCACCAGCUGUGGCUCAGCCAUCCGGGAAUGGAGAAGCUUCCAUGCCUAGCAGUGGUGGUGAUGUGUCCAGCUUGUUUGAUGAUGCGGCUCGCCCACCUCCGUUUGGCGUGGUGCCGCCACUGGGGGCACCACCACUGGGGGCACCACCGCAGGUGGCACCACCACAUGUGGCACCCCCUGGGGUUGGUUUGCCCUUUGGGGCUCCUCCCACUGGACCGACGCCUGCAUCUGCAGAACCACAAGGCAUUUCUGCUACGUCAGCCUCAGCUGCUCCCGCCCAGAUGGCAGCUACAAAUCCAACUGCGAAUGGUCCUUCUGCGCCUUUGGGCAGCACCAGCUUGUUCCCAAGCACGAGUUCGAACCUAGCACCAGCUGUGGCUCAGCCAUCCGGGAAUGGAGAAGCUUCCAUGCCUAGCAGUGGUGGUGAUGUGUCCAGCUUGUUUGAUGAUGCGGCUCGCCCACCUCCGUUUGGCGUGGUGCCGCCACUGGGGGCACCACCACUGGGGGCACCACCGCAGGUGGCACCACCACAUGUGGCACCCCCUGGGGUUAGUUUGCCCUUUGGGGCUCCUCCCACUGGACCGACGCCUGCAUCUGCAGAACCACAAGGCAUUUCUGCUACGUCAGCCUCAGCUGCUCCCGCCCAGAUGGCAGCUACAAAUCCAACUGCAAAUGGUCCUUCUGCGCCUUUGGGCAGCACCAGCUUGUUCCCAAGCACGAGUUUGAAUCUAGCACCAGCUGUGGCUCAGCCAUCCGGGAAUGGAGAAGCUUCCAUGCCUAGCAGUGGUGGUGAUGUGUCCAGCUUGUUUGAUGAUGCGGCUCGCCCACCUCCGUUUGGCGUGGUGCCGCCACUGGGGGCACCACCACUGGGGGCACCACCGCAGGUGGCACCACCACAUGUGGCACCCCCUGGGGUUAGUUUGCCCUUUGGGGCUCCUCGCACUGGACCGACGCCUGCAUCUGCAGAACCACAAGGUGUUUCUGCUACCUCAGCGUCAGCUGCUCCUGCCCAGACGGCAGCUGCAAAUCCAAGUGCAAACGGCCCUUUUGCGCCUUUGGGCAGCACCAGCUUGUUCCCAAGCACGAGUUCGAACCUAGCACCAGCUGUGGCUCAGCCAUCCGGGAAUGGAGAAGCUUCCAUGCCUAGCAGUGGUGGUGAUGUGUCCAGCUUGUUUGGUGAUGCGGCGCGACCACCUCCAGUGGGCGUAGUGCCACCAAAGGCGUCGCCCCCUGGGGUCAGUUUGCCAUGUGGGGCUUCUCCCAGUGGAACAGCGCCUGCAUCGCAAGGUGUAAUUGCUUUCAGUUCUGAUGGCAAGAUGCUGCGGGCUGGGCCAAAUGGAACUGCAAAGGAGUACAAUGUGCAGGACUUGCUCGGCCAGAGUCUCGGCACUUGGCUCGAAAACCUCGAGUCCUUUCCUGGGCCAUUUGGACGAGUGGAUGGAAGCACAACAGAGGCUCUCCUCAAUUACCUCGAGAAGAUGGCUUCCAGAUUUGAUGAUGCCGAUGUGCAGUACUGCACCUUGGAAUCGGCCACCAAAUUUCCUGAAUCAGCAGCUAUUGCGUGCCGUUUUUUAUGCUGCCUGGUGCGGGCCAAUGGCAAUGUGCAGUCCGGCGAAUUUUGGCACCACUUCUUUCCAGUUCUUGCGAAAGCAAUAAAGAGCGUGGGAGGUGACAGCAGCAGCAUUGGCAAGUUCUGCGCAAAAUUAUGCAAAGGAGAGGUCGGCGGUGCACUGGAGGAUGCCUGCAGUGAGAGCCUGUGGUCGCAUGCACUGGCAGUGUCUCGGCUUCUUGCCCCGCAAUCCUCAGACAUGAUUCUCCUGAAGUUUGUGGAUGCCGCAAAGUCUGGGAAGCAGAAGGAGGCAGCUUCAAACGAUGAGGACUUGGAGGACCCCGCAGUCCAGGCGCUGUUCCUGAUGUACGAAUGUUUGGCCAAAGGAUCUGUGCCGGAGAUUUCAGAGAAAGUACUUUCAGGUUGGCCUGCCUUUGCAGCCAUGUUCUCGUUGUUGCUAAGACCUGGGGAGUAUCGUGAAGUAGCAUUGUCCUUCAUCGAGUCCUUGGCGGCAAGGCUGGCCUCGUCUGGGAAUAUCUUCGCAGGCCACGUGUGCUACUUGAUGACUGGCGAGAGAACUUUGGAUGCAGUUGAUGCACCAUCCAGCCUGGUAUGCAUUCUUGGUGUUGAACAUCGAAGUCCGAAGAACUUUUCCCGUUUACUCGAUCCUCUGGCUCUACAAUUGUCAGAAGCAUAUGAGUACGCAUUACGCUGUGGCAACGCCGACGCCCUGUGUCCCACCAUUCAGCCAUUCAAGCUGGCGCAUGCCAUGUUGCUUGCAGAUAUGGGAUUGACAGAAAAAGCCAAGCGCUACAUGGUUUUGCUCCAGGCCUUUGUGAAAGCGGUCCCUCAAAACAGACUGUCUGACGCCUUCCGCUCGAGCAUGCGGGAAUUCAAUCAGGUGCUGAAUCCCCAAUUGGUGCCCACAGGCGCACCAGCACAAGAAGCACCCAGGGUUGGCAAAAUGGUGAAGGACUUUGUGCGGGUCUUCGCAGAGACAACGGGAUUUGCCGUGAAGCCUAUUGCUCCGCCAGCACUUCCAGCCGAUGAUGAGCCAGAGGGCCCUUUGCAGGCUGCCCAACCAUUGCUGCAGCAAAACAGCGGGUUUCAACCUGCACGGCCUAUGCCGCAAUCACUGCAGCAACCAGCGCAGCCCGCGCAGCCCGUGCAGCCCGCGCAGCCUCAGCAACUGGCGCAGCCUUUCCAACCCCUGCAGCCAGCUCCAUCACUGACUCCCUGUGCUGCUCCAAUGGCUCCAAUGGCUCCACCGACCCCGACUGGCCCAAACCCGUUUCGCCAAAACAACGCUGAGAGCGGAGGCUUUCCACCCGGACCCUGUUCGACUCCUUUUGCUCCUGUCUCAUCCUCGCAGAAUCCAAUGAACUUUCAAAGUCAACCGUUCGGAGGAGGUGGUCUCAUGGGGCAGGGGAACUUUUCACCAUAUCCGCCUGCCCAAAGUUUGACCAUGCCGGGUCUAGGCACGAUGGGUGGAAGCGCUCCGCUCUAUGAAAAAGAGAUGACAGACACUUCACAGGACCAACCGAAGCGCCCGGACCGAAUGGAUUUUUCCGAGACCAUGGAUAAUGACCCAUUUGUCAACGCUGGCAAGGCAAUGCUUGACUUCGGAAAGUCUGCUCUCUCUGCGCUCAAGCAGGGGGGUUCAGAUAGCAGAAGUGAUGACAGAAGUUCCCAUCAGGAUUUCGGCCGUGGUUACGGAAGCCAGUUCGCGCAGGAACAGAAACCGACAGGGUUUUACUUCAACAAAGAGAAGGGUCGCUGGAUGGAGCAUGGAAAGGAGGAGAACGAGCAGGAGGACAUCUCACAGUACGAUCCCAUGACUGGCAAGAAGAUUACCAAGGUCGCUGAGCUUCCGCCACCACCAAUGGGUGGAAUGGGUGGGAUGGGUGGGCCUCCAGUGCCUAGACAGCAACUAUGGCCAACCCCUCAAUACUAAGAAGAAA